AUGGCGGACCGAAAGGCCAUUAUUUAUGACUUCGAGAAGUUGGAGGAUUAUCAGCAGAGAAAUGAAACCGUCCUCGACAUCGUCAAAAAGGACACUGGUGUCGACUUCUGGAGACAGACUCGAACAAUUCCUCCUACUUCCUAUCCUCCACCGAUGACUUUGGAGGCUAUUGAGAAGCUGAAGGAAGUCAAGGGUGUUAUAGUAAAGGAUGCUCCUACUGAGGAACUGUAG